AUGAAAACAAUUUAUUUCUCGCGUCGCCGCAAUCAUUCAGUCAGCCAGCCCCGUCAGGCAGUCAGUCGGCCGCAAUUUCGCCGGCCCGUUCGCUUAUCAAUGCUGCCGAUUCGAUUCCUAAUCUAUGGUCUCGCCACGAUUUGCAUCACAUUGCUCUAUGCUUUGCGAUUGGCGUUCCACUCGACGAUCAUUUGUCAGAUUGUUGAGGAUGAUGAAGACGGUUUUCUUCGCGAUGACACCCUUCGACAGUUGACGUUUCAAUCGGUUGCGUUUGGAUUGGCGAUCGGAUUGAUACCGUUGCAUUUUAUGAAUUCGUGGGGAACGCGAAAUGUCACCACCAUAUUCGGUUUCUUGGGCGUUGGCGCGGCAAUGAUGUACCCGUUGGCGCACCGGCACGACUUUUACGCCUCGUUUGUCGUGCGCGUCGCUCAGGGCGCACCGUUGGCGAUCCUAUUAUGGCUCAUCGCGAAAAUCGCGUCCGAAUGGACGCCGCGCGGCGAGAUGGCGUUGGCGUUGGCGAUUCUGACGUCGGUGUAUCAAAUGGCGCCGUUCGUCGCCCAAAUCACCGCCGCCGAGAUGUGCGAACACUUUGGCUGGGAGUACACCUACUAUUCGUUGGCGGUGUUGUGCGCCGCGUGCCACGUGGCAUUCUAUUGCGUCUACACCGACAACGCGCAAGAGAAUCGCUACGCGGGCGAUGUUGAGAAGCGGCUCAUCGGCGAGCACAAGAAGCGCGAGGUUGUUGUCGUCGCGGCGACGCCGUUUCGCGCGAUUCUCACCGACGCGACCGUGUUGGCGACGUGGCUCGCCAACAUCGCCUUCUUCUCGACGCUAUUGAUAUUUCUCCAAUACGGACCAUUAUAUAUUCAUCAGCUGUUGGGCUUCUCGGUGCGAACCACUGGCUAUUCGGGAGGCUUCUCGCACGUGUUGUGUCUCGUCGCGAAAAUAUCGUUUGGACGUUUGAUGGAUCGUUGCGAGAUCGAGAUGACGAAGAGACUGAAACUCGCGUGGGCCUUGAUUGAAGUUCCGUCGAUUGGUUUGCUGUUGGCAGUGAUGAUGGUCGAUAAUAGUUUAAUGAAACUUUCGGCGAUAGUGCUCUUCAUUGCGAUUCACGGUGUCGCCAUUGUGAUCAUUGUGAAGACGCAAACAUUUAGAUCUGCCCAAUAUAGUCAUGUGCUAGCGAAUGGCAAUACCCUAUGCGUUGUAGUUUGCCUGUUUGUCCAACCGAUUAUCGUCAAAUGUUUAGUGCAAUCGAACACGAUUGCCGAGUGGUCGCAUGUGUUUGGACUUCACGCGGGUCUCGUCGCGGUCUCGAUUAUCGUGUUUUUGGUGUUCGUCGAUUCGCGACCGGCUCGCUGGACGACUGAUUUGGUGGUCGACGACGAAAAAAUUUAA